AUGUGUCCUGUUAGUCGAUACCUUUGGCACUGUGCUGCGCCCUGUCAUGCAAAUGUACAGCGUCACCAACGAGACUUCCAGGUGUGGCUUUCAAUGUUCUCCUCUGCUCAAGUAGUUGAGCUUGGCACUCAUUCCAGUCCCUUCCAGACACAGCACAGUCUCCCCCUGGCGUCAUACUUGAUUUCCAACUCCAUGCCUGCGAACCUGCGUAAUCCAAUGGACCCGCUGUCUAUCAGUCAUCCAGCAGUGACUCUUCCACUUGUUUCAAUGCUCAGCUGCCUCUCGGAAUCUCAUUCAAUCUCUCCCCAUCAACGAGCCGUGGCAAGGCCCACUGCUAGCCAUGACUGGCAUUGGUGCAGUAAUUCGGGGUGA